AUGCUGGGGAUUCUCUGCCUCCUCAUCGCCGCGCUUUCUCGUGGCGACGCGGCCCAAGUGCUGACCCUGACACCAGCGGUUCUUACCGUUCUUGUAGGACAAGAGGUGGUUCUCAAUUGCAACCUUCAGAGGGAUGAUGGCACUAGUGUCCGCUUUUAUAGGCAGUUUCCUGGAGAUGCUCCUCAGUUUAUUCUGAGUCAUCACUAUGGAACAUCCUCAACUAGCUUUGGAGAUGGAUUCUCCUCUAGUCAGUUCAAUGUCAAAACGUCCUCCAGUCUGUAUUUCCAAUUUAUCAUUAAACAGGCAAAGGCAGAAGAUUCUGCUGAGUAUUAUUGUCAGACGUGGGAUAGCUCUGCUCGUGAAACAAGCGGAGGAACAAAGCUGCUUGUGACAAGCUCAGACAUGACUCCCCCCGUGGUGACUGUCUUCCCCCCGUCCAAUGAUGAGCUCCAGUCCAAAGAGGCCACUCUAGUCUGCGUGGCCACUCAGUCCAUCCCGUACGCUGACGUCACUUGGCUGGUUCGGGGCAGUCUGUCGACGGGCACCGUCGCCACCGGUCCUGCCACGCGAGAAACGAACGGCAACUACAAAAUCAGCAGCAAUCUCACCGUGCAGACGUCCGAUUGGAACUCGGACGUCUUGUACACUUGUAAAGUGUCUUUGGGCUCCCAGUCUGCUGAAAACACCAUCAACAAGUCCAAGUGUGCAACUUAG